AAAACGUAUUGUGGCAACACCGUCAGUGCCAUGCCCCUCGACUUCCAACCGAUACGAAAAGUGUGUUUUGUAAACUUUUAUGACAGUGGCAUUGUUGUAAAAUAGUUAACAUCGCGUUUUAAAACAAUAUUGGACGCUUGAAAUUCCCUUUUCACUGGAUUAUUGACUAUUUACCGCGAAUUACUUCAUUAGCUGUUGUGAAUGUGAAAAAAACAACAUAAAAGUGCGUUUCCUGUGUUUCGAAGUAGUGCAACAAGUUAAAAAAAACACGAUUUUGUUUUUGUUUUAAUUACGUGCUAAAAGAAACUAAUUUUUACGUGUUUGGAAAAAACAUGUACCGUAAAUUAGUUUCGUGAAGUGUCAAUUAAUAUGAUGUGUAAAAUUUUUGUGUGCGUGAACUAAUUUGUAUCGGUUUUUGUGAUAACAAAAAUGCGUUUUAAAUAAUGAUAUCGCAAACAAAAAAUAGAGUGCACGCUAUUAAGAGUAAAUUCGAAAAUUUGAGCUCCGAUAACGAGAAUUUGGUUGUGAGAAAGAGCGAGAAACACCUGUGUAAACAGAACAGACAUGUUUCUGAAUUUUUUACGAAGGUAAUUGAUUUAAAUGGCACAGAAAAUAAGAAUGAGUCAAAUGUAUUGGAUGUUGAGUCACCAGAGCCUAACAGUAGCUACUUAUACAGCAAAAUUGACACAAAAAAGGUUGUAGGUGACGUCAAAAAAUCUCUGACGAGGCAGUGCAGUGAUCCGGGGAAAAAACUCCACCGAAGCCAUGCGUUCCGGUGUGAUCGGAGCCAAAAAAUAGGCGACAGCCCCAAAAGGCACGGCAGUUGCAAAGGCAGGUCCGAAACCAGUGAUUUUUCAUUAAAAAUGGGGGAGAAAAAGCUCAGUAAAGACCGUUUGAAACGGUUGGGCAAUUUGCUUGAAGAUCAGAUGCGGAAGGAGAAUUUUGUCGUGCCCAGUGAAGCGGUUGUGGUUGGUCAGGUCUUGCAGGUUGCUCCGUGUAAUUCGAUUCCAGACAAAAAUGUCCCGAAACACAUAUUGGAUCAGUACGCUACCGUUGUCAAACCCAAAAAGAAGGAAGAGAAACAAGACACAAUGACCGACAGUGGAGUCAGUUCGGAGACUGAAAAUCUAGACGAUGAUAAAACCAGUAAAAUUAAAAAACUGACAUCACAAUUCGAAAAGACUGAAGCUGACACCAAUUUAGAGGGCAUGAACGAUUUAUGUGUCUCCAGUGAAACUAUGCGCUUGGAACGUAAGAAUCCACACAUGAUUUUAACGGACACACUUAAAAAGGCUUUGAAGCAACCGCUACCACCUGGUCCUCCUCCCAAAAAGCCUCCUAGAACCUUCGCAACCAUUCCAGAAAACGAAAACCAAAAGAAAGACACCAAAAAAAUGCUUGAAAAGCUUGAACAGGUGCUGCAAAAACGUGAAGCUCAUAACACGUCUACCAAAAACAUUUAUGACAUUGCAGAAACAAAUUUGAGUUUGAAAAAGCCGAAAGAAGUACAUUAUUUAUGCACAGAAAUACUCGACAUCACUCAGAGGACUUUAUUACCGAACCAAAAUGCAUCUGAAUCGUUAACAAACUGUAUUAAGUCUUUGAACUGUGCUGUUUUAACUAAUUCUACCGCUAGCUUGCCUUAUACUAGAUUAAGUUCAGGUCAAAACUUUGAUCGAUCAAAGCACUGCUGUUCGUGUAGUAACAACAGUCUUGACAACGAAGUGAAGUCCAUGACUACGUUUGGCAGCCAAAAUAAAUGCUCGAAAUGCAUUCUGAACGAAGAAAAAGAUGACAGAUUCAAGUGUCACCUAAAUUGUAAGUGUAAGAUAGAGAAUUCUGAGUUCUAUGUUGAUAAAGAGCCUAUUUAUGAUGAGCCGUACUGCGAAGAAGUGCCAAAGGAUAAGAAGAGCCAUUACGGAACGAUCAACAGUUUGAAGAUGAACGGGAAUUACAGUCGGAGUCUGGAGGAUCUUCGGUUGGAUACGGAUGAG